CCUAGCCCAUCCGGACCGCCCGGCGUCAGGUACCUGUUCACCACGCCGCCCCGCCCCGAGGCCGCAGCUGCCGGUGCAGCGCCUCCCGCCGGCCCCCAGCGCCUGUGGAAAGGAGCGGACAGGCCAGAGGCUCCCUGGGCCGACAAGUCUCGGCUAGGCCGUGCUUCCGAGUCCCAGGCGCCUCCAGAGGCCGAGUUCCCAGCGCGGCCCACCCAGCAUCCGGGGCGCUGUGAGGGGCGCUCGCACCCGGCGGCGGAAAGGCCACUGGCGUGGCGGGAGGCGGCCCGCGGCCUGGGCGUGCCCCCUGCGGGGAACGGAGCUCACUGGCUGCUCUCUUCCCCAGAGAGCGACGGGGCCGGCCGCAGCCUCAGCCAUGCGCCCCUCGGCCGCAGGCGGGCUCCUCUUGGCCUGCAGCCUCGCUUUCCUGCCCUUCUUCACAGUUUCCUGGGAGAUUAUGAUGAGUGACCUAGAGGAGAAGGAUGUGGAUGAAUUCAGCUCCAGUGGCUUUAAGUGCCUGACAUGCUUUGCAGUGCAGGGAAGGAAAUGUGAUCCAGAACUCAAAUGGUGUGCGGCAGAUAAAACAAAGUGUAUUGAAUUCUCUGGCAUCAUCAACACAGGUAUUCGUGAUGUAGCCGUUGAAAUGAAGAGAUGCAUACAAGCAGACCUAUGCAAAGAGACGAUAACUUCUUAUAUGGGUUUUCCAAUUGCUAACAAGAGUAGAAAUUGCAAAUCAGCCAUCAGAAACGGGGCCAGAAUCAGACCCCCAUCUCCCAUCUUCUUUGUUCUCUUCCUGGGGAGGGUACUUCAUUGAGUUCUGGCAAGGGCCUAGCCACUUCCAUUUAUGAAUUAAACCUGCAUUUUUUUGUUUAUGUA